AUGGUCGAUCGGAAGCAAAGGAGCGCGUUCAUCGCUGAUAUAAUAAAACAAAAUAAAUUUCACAUCUCGGACUUUUACUAUGCCGUCCAGAUAAGCAUUUGCUUGCUGAAGCCGAUCGGUGCCUGGCCGUUGCGACAACAAGCUACCAAGGUAGAAAUUAUCGUUCACGGUUUAUCAAUCGCCGUUGCCACGUUCCUUCAGUUCUUCGCGGUCGCCUCGUGGAUUGCAUGUAUAAUUACCACGAAUUGGAGCUUUUAUGAGAUUCUCAGAACCGCGUGUCCGCUGAUAUUUACAAUUACCGUUUUUCUGAGAUACCUGCUGUUGCUGUCCCAUCAACACGAGAUCAAAUCGUGCAUCGAUCGUAUUGCCGAAGACUGGCGUAACGUGACGAUAGCCGAGGAUCGCAAGAUCAUGUUAGCUAACGCCAAGUCGGGACGUUUCUUUGGCAUCAUCUCCGUGGCGUUCAUGUUCGGCAGCGGUCUACCUUAUACCUGCAUGCCUUUAAUGUUACCGCCCAUCGUUACGGAAGACAACGUGACGAUUAGAUCGUUUCCCAAUCCCUGUGAGCUGAUCUUUUUGGACGUCCAGGUCAGCCCAGUUUACGAAAUCACAUAUGCAUUGGUAGCUUUAUCGUGUUUCACUGCGUAUACCGUAUUCUGCGGCAUUUGUAGCUUAACAGCUAAAUUCGUUACUCACAUAUGCGGCCAAUGCGAGAUCCUGAUGUAUAUUUUCGACGAAUUGGUGGACGGUGGUGAUCGAAAUUGUGGUACCGUCGACCAAAGGAUCAGUACCGCUAUAAGACAUCAUCUUCGAAUACUCAAAUUUGUUUCUGACAUAGAUAAGGUAUUGAACGAGAUAUGUUUAGCGGAAUUUAUAAAUGCUUCGUGUAAUAUGUGUUUACUUGGUUACUACGUUAUCAUGGAUUGGAAUACCCAGGAAUCGAUGCUACCAAUUUUCGUGUAUUUUGUCGCCUUUAUAUCAAUUACGUUUAACAUAUACAUAUUUUGCUACAUCGGCGAACGGCUCGUAGAUCGAUGUCAAAAAGUAGGCAUUAAGUGUUACAUGAUUGAAUGGUAUCGUUUACCACAGAAUAAGGCGCGUAACUUGAUGUUCCCAAUUAUUAUGUCAAAUUAUCCGGUUGAGCUUACUGCCGGAAAAAUGGUGAAGCUAACUAUGAGUAGUUUUUCUAAUAUUUUAAAAACGUCAAUGGCAUACCUUAACUUACUUCGUGAAGUUUCCUCGCGAGAUAUUAUGUAAAUAUACAAGAGCUGCCUUUUUGAUGAAAUAAUUAAGUAACAUAGAAGAUUGCGUGAAGAUUAUUAAUAUUUUCAGAAAUAUGUUUAAAUUAUAUUAUUCUUGCUGAAUAAUCUUAUACAGAUACUUUAAUAUCAGAUUGAAAUAUAUGAAAGUAAUGCAUAACA